UUGGAUAAUUGCCUCCAUUGUUGCUCACGAGGCACAAGGAGCUGAAGGGAGAGUGAUAAUUUAGAGAACUCCUAUCAUGAAAAUCAAGGUUGAAGGAGAGGUUUGAGCCGAAUCAAAACAUGGAUGUUCUAUCGAUUUCGCCUACGUUAAAUGAACAUAUAGCCUUUUCCAUUCUCAAACCUCAUAGAUUCCAACUUCGCCACCUUCCCUUAAACGCCAGAUUGCGCAAUUCAUCAAACAACGCAACCCAUUUCAAGCUUUCUUCUUCCUCCAGUUUCUGUUAUGGAAUAGCGGCAACUUCAGCAACUACUUACACUCCCUUAGCUUCUUCCACCACUGAGAAUCGCCAUUGGAUAGUAAUCAUGGAAAAGCCUCCACAAGGGGUAGAUUCCAAGCAGAAAGUAAUUGAUUAUUAUGUAAAAACUCUUCAAAGAGUUAUUGGCAGUGAGGAAGACGCUCAAAUGUGUAUUUACGAUGCUUCUUGGGAUGCCCACUACGGUUUUUGUUGUGAUAUCGAUGAAGAAACUUCUUCCCAGCUCGCUCGUUUACCUGGGGUCAUUUCAGUUAAGCCUGAUCCAGAUUUCAGCUCUCUGGAAAAGGAUUAUAUUUAUAGGUCAUCAAAUAGCCAGGCAGAUAAUUUGUCAAAGCUACAAACUGGAGUCACUUUGUUGUUCCCUGCUGGGAAUUCAAAGCAUUGGCUUGUUCGAAUGGAUAAACCUGGGGUUGGUGUUGUUACGAAGGCCCAAAUCGUGGAUUAUUAUGCUCAAAUUCUAACCAAAGUCAUGGGAAAUGAGAAGGAUGCACAAAUGUGUAUAUACCAUGUUUCUUGGAAAUCCAACUUUGGCUUUUGCUGUGAACUUGAUGAGGAUUGUGCACGAGAGCUAGCUGGCGUCUCUGGUGUCUUAUCGGUUCAGCCGGACAAUAAUUUUGAGUCAGAAAUUAAAGAUUAUGGAGGUGUGAACUUAGGAAACAGUUUGAAUGUGCUGAACUCUUCUGAAGCAAGUGAGGCAGCUCCUUUGAAGACAAAAAAGCUUUUUGUGACAGGCCUAUCAUUUUAUACAUCUGAGAAGACCUUACGUGCAGCAUUUGAAGGCUUUGGUGAUCUUGUUGAAGUUAAAGUUAUUAUGGAUAAAAUUUCUAAAAGGUCCAAGGGCUAUGCAUUUGUGGAAUACACAACAGAGGAGGCGGCAGCUGCGGCAUUGAAAGAGAUGAAUGGCAAGAUUAUCAAUGGCUGGAUGAUAGUUGUGGAUGUUGCCAAACCUAGCCGACCAAAAUAUAAUGGGGGUCGUGCCAGACCUGGAGCCUGACAAGUGAAAAAUCAUGUCUGUCUGAGGUGAUCGUUCCAAAGUAAAUGCUGCUGAGCAGUGAAACUACAUUUUGGAGACCUCACUGCUUAAGAGUUCAAAACCCAAAGCAAGAAAGUAAUUACGCUGCAAAAGGUUUUUAUUCUUUGAAUAUGAACUAUUGAAAUUACUCGAUUAAUUAAAUCUCUUAAUUAAGAAUAUUUGUAUUCUAAAUUUUUUGACGUGGAUGUUAACAUAAUAUAGAAAGAUUUAAGAUGUUUUCAUCAUAUAUAAAUAUAUACAAAAUAUAAUUUAUUUUGAA